UGAAUAUGUAUUUUUAGACACAUCUAAUUUGUUUGAUUCCUCCAUAUCACAAAUUGGAUGUGAUUGAAGCUGUAAAAGUACAUUUGUUUGUGCAGAGUGGAGAUAAGUUGAGUGAGCCAUAUCCAUUUACAUACACUCCUUUAUCCUCAGUUUUAAAUCAUUCAAGUGUUCCUGUUCUUUCACAAGAAUUACCAUUUGGAGUUUCUCAGUCUGCUGUUGAAAUAAAUCAACAAUAUUCUCAAACAGGCACUGUUCCAUCAAUUAUACAGUUGCCUUUAAUGACAACAUCUCCUUCCAAGCAAAUGAUAGUUAUUCCUACAGUAAAUUCAGCUAUGAUGACUACAGGAACUACUGCUGUACCAAGUACCAUCCAGCUUACAUCACCAAUUAUUGGUGGAUGUACAAAUGCUCUUCUUGGACAAGUUAAAUCUCCUCAGUUGCAGUUAAUUGUUGUUCAACCUUCUACUCCCUCAACAACAAAGCCAGAAAAGAUCAAUUCACCAGUGCAACCUACAAAUGAAAAUUCCAUCUCAAAUGUUGAUAACUCAUCAUCAAAUAAUUUUUCAUCAGAAAUUGAAAAUCAUAGUUUGUUAAAUAUAACAAAUAGUAAUAUUAUAAAAGAAUUACAUUCUAAUGAGAAAGUUAAGAUGGAAACUAGAGAAAAUGUCUUAAAUCAACAAUCCAAAUCAUCAGUUAAAGAUAAACAAAGUUCAGAAUUCAGUUCAUUGAAUAUGGAAAAUAAUGAAAGAAUAAUAAUAAAUGGUCAAUCUUUAGAAGAAUCAGUAAAUAGUUCAUCUAUGAUUUCCACUGAAUGGAAUGCAAUUAAUAACAUUUGUAGUUCAUUGGCAGAAUGUCAGCAACAAUUUUUCGGUAAUAAUAAUAAUAACAGUGAAAGUAGCAUUAAUAAAAAUAUAACUUUAGGCACUCAACAACAAGAAUCUACAAAUUCCCAGCUAUAUCACAAUGCAAAUAAUGAAACACAGACUUUACGAGAAUUACUUCUACAGGGAAGACAGAAUACUUCAACAAAUUCGUCGUCAUCAUCGUCAACUCAAAUUACAAACAGUUCAGUAAACCGAAAGGAAAUGCUAAAUUUGAAUGAAAAAAAAACUCCACAAGCAGUAAUGGCUGAUUUUGCCGCAUCCAGUAUUACUACAAAUUCAAAUAUUCACGAUUCAGAAAAAUUAGAUUUAAUUACUCAAGAAAAAAGUGAUUUUACAAUAAAUAAUUUUUCAUUUCAAUCUAUGUCAACUGAAAAAGAAAGUAAUAAGCAUUCAGAAUAUUCACUUCAGAAUGUAGAAAAUUUGCCUUCGUCUAAUGAAGUUAUGUUUUUUGAAAAAUAUAUUCAUCAAGAAACAAAUGACAAUUUGAAUAGAGAGUUUUUAUCAAAUGCAUUCAAUAAUAAUAACAACACAGACAAAAACAAUUUAUUUAAAAUUGAUAGCAAUAACAGUUCAAAUGAAAUCCCAAAUUCUAUACCUGUAUCUAGUAGCCAAGUGUCAUCAUCAGAACAGUCAACUUUUCAAGAGAAUAGUUUUAAUAUAUCAAAUAGCAUUCAUCAAAGAAAUACCAUUACAGAACAAGAAAGGAUUGGUGUUAAUAAUAAAGGAAUCAAACAUCAAGAUGGAAAAAAUAUAGUUAAUGAAGGAAUAAGUAAUUUCCAUGAUGUUCCAAACACCGGAUCAAAUGUUGAUCAUUUCUCUGACAUAACAAUGUUACCUGAAGUGGAAUUAUUAAGUAUGAUAAAUCCAAGCACAUUUGAUAAUGUAUAAAUUUCAAGAAAAGUAUCAACAGUAUUAUAAAUUUUGUGUAUUAAUGGUGACCAUCGCCAGUGGUAUUCUUUUUCUUUUUCUUUGCAAGCUUAUAACAUAUCCUUUUAUUCUACACUGGAAUUGUUCCAAUAAGAAAGAAGAAAAAUAUUUUAUGACGAACUUGAGACAUUCACAUACUUCAUUUCAUUUACUAAUGGAUUUUUUUGUAUUGGAUUUUUUAAAUAUUUACAACAAGAAAAAUUUGUAACUACAACUUACUCUAACAUACAAGUAUUUAAUUAUAGUUAUGAAAAUAUUACAGAUUUUAAAUGAACGUAACUGCAGUAUUUUCUACCCAAACAAGAAAAAAAGGUUUCUAAUUGAAUUUUGAAUUGCGUACAUUUGAAAUACAAAAAUGAUUGGUAUCCAUUUACAAGUAUGAAUUGUUUUCAAUAAAAUCUUUUAAAGAAGAAACCUAGAUCAAAGGAAAAAGUAUUAAUCAUCAAUAGAAAGGAAUGGAUUUUUUUUGUGUUUAAUUAAGCAGUUNGAACG